AUGUUGUGGAACAUAAACUCCUAAGGGUUAAGAAAGCCAUUCGCCCUGACACCACUUCUUUUAGUAUUGUUAUUGAUGGUCUACUCAGGACUGAUCGGAAGAAAGUUAUGAGCUUUUCAGAGAGAUGAAGCUGUCAAGAUUUGAACCAACCCGUUUUAUCUACAACUCUAUAUAUGGGUGCCUAUGUAGAAUGGAAGAUGUUGUCGCAGCUCUUGAUCUGGUGAAAGAGAUGCGUGUCUAUGGAUAUGAACCAUAUACAAAACAUUCUACCUUGCUUGUAAAAGGGCUAUGCAAACAUGGGAGAGCAGUAGAAGCUUGCAAAUUUCUUGCUAGCAUGGUUCAAGAAGGUUUCCUCCUUGAUAUAAUUCCCUAUUCUGCAGCCAUAGAUGGUUUAAUCAAAACUCAAGAAGUGGAUCGAGCUUUGGAGUUAUUCCGGGACAUUUGUUCUCGUGGCUAUUGUCCUGAUGUGGUUGCAUACAACAUAUUGAUAAGUGGGCUCUGUAAGGCAAAGAGAGUUUCUGAAGCUGAAGAUAUUCUGCAUGAGAUGGAGGUCAAGGGGCUUGUCCCCUCAGUUAUUACCUACAAUCUGCUUGUAGAUGGAUGGUGCAAAAAUGGUGAUGUUGAUCAGGCCAUGCUGUUCCUUUCCCGGAUGUUUGUAAAAGAUAGAAAGCCUAAUGUAAUUACUUACACUACUUUGAUGAAUGGGUUAUGCAAUGCUGAAAGACCUGAUGAUGCACUGGUGCUUUGGAAUGAAAUGGGAAGAGAAGGGUGUUCUCCAAACAAUAUUGCUUUCAUGGCCCUCAUUAAUGGUCUUUGUAAGUGUGGUAGGCCUGACACGGCACUUGUAUAUCUUCACCAGAUGCAAGAGAAGGAAAUGGAACCUGACACCUUUGUCUAUGUAGCACUAAUGAGUAGUUUUCUAUGUAAUCUUAACCUACCCUUGGCUUUUGAAAUUUUAAAGGAGAUGGCUGGGAAAGGAAACUUUCCAGAUCCACUGGAUAAGAACUGUCUUAUUGUUAGAGAUGCAGUACUUAAGUUGUUGGAAGAUGCCAGGACUUCUUCAAGAGUUAGAAAUCUUAUUGCAGAGGGUAGAAUUCCUAAAAUAUGCUGUUCAGACGUCAAAGAUGAAGGUUGACAUGAACUCAUUGAUUGAUUAUGAGUCACUAAGAUAGCACAGAUAUGCUCAAGGAAAUUUUUAGUAUAGAACUGGGGUGCUCUGGCUAAAGAAAGCAAUAUGUCCUUCUCAGCUUAAAUUUGGAUGGUGGAUUAUUUUCGGCAGGGAAGGCUCUGUAUAAUCAACCUACCUUUGGGGUUUAUGACUCUGACAUCACCAAGUGACUCAUGUUUGUCUUGGGAAAAUCCUGUCAUUCUUUUUCUUUAUUAUUGAUUUGAAUUAUAUAAAGAACACUGAAUAUGAAUUAAUUUAGAAUCCUUAAUUUAUCAAUCCUUUAGUCGGAUAGAAUUUAAAUGAAAACAAUUCUACAAGUGGAUGUAAAUAUUGGACAUGGAUCAUUUAUUGUUCUACGUAAACUGAAGAUGUUUUCAAUCAAAUUCAAUCCAUUUGUUGGAUGCAAAACCUAUUUAUGAAUCUUUUAUGAAAAACUUAUUUAUGAAAAAUUUAUAGAAUCAAAUACAAUUCCGCUAAUAAGUUUGUCUAAUGUCAUAGAACUGGUGCUAUUGUUUUCUUUUAUUUUUUUUGAAGUUCCUUCAUGACAUGUUCCUCUUUCCCUCUCCCUCUGCCCCUCUCACUUUUUCUUUUUAUCUGCUCUCUUGUAGAUGCCAAAAAGAGAAGCCUGCCAUGUUGCUGUGCAAAUGAAUCAUCCAAGUAAACAUAGGCUUUGGAAGCAUGCGCUGGCUCGGCAGCAAGCCAAAGGACAAGGAUCAACACUUGUUCUGGAAAUUGUAUCGUUUGGUUCAGAAUUGAGCAAUCGUGGACCAACCUUUGAUAUGAAUUUAUCUGAUUUUAUGGACGGAGACCAGCCAAUAUCAUAUGAAAAAGCAAAGGAAUACUUUGCUAAAGAUCCAUCCGAAUCGCAGGUGGGCAGCUUUUGUUGCGGGGUUGAUUCUGGUUUUAAUGACAGAGUUAGGUGUUCGCUUUGAGGAUAGUAUCAGUAUGCUGGUUUAUUCUGCUGUCCCAGAAGGCAAAGCUGUAUCAUCUUCUGCUUCUGUGGAGUUUGCUAGCAUGGCUGCCAUAGCUGCUGCUCGUGGAUUAAACAUCUGUCCUCGAGAUCUUGCUUUGCUCUGCCAAAAGGUUGAGAAUCACAUUGUUGGAGCUCCAUGUGGUGUGAUGGACCAGAUGACUUCAGCAUGUGGUGAAGCCAACAAACUUCUUGCAAUGGUGUGCCAGCCUGCUGAGAUGGUUGGGCUUGUAGAAAUUCCCUCCCAUAUCCGAUUUUGGGGAAUUGAUUCAGGAAUAAGACAUAGCAUUGGUGGUGCAGACUACGGAUCCGUCAGAGUUGUUAUUUAUAUGGGUUGAAAGAUGAUAAAGUCUACUGCUUCUUCAAUCUUGUCUCGGUCAUUACCUAAAGGUGAUGGGCUAAACCUUGACAAUUUGGAGGAUGUUGGUGUUGAACUAUUGGAAGAUGAAGCUUCAUUAGAUUACUUAUGUAACCUUUCACCUCACAGAUAUGAGGCUCUUUAUGCAAAGGUGCUUCCAUAGUCCAUGCUUGGUGAGACAUUUUUGGAGAAAUAUGCUGAUCACCACGAUCCUGUCACAGUUAUUGAUCCCAAUCGUACUUAUGGAGUUAGAGCACCUGCUAAUAGUUAGAGAAUUGAAUUUGCAUCAUGAAUGUCAAUAGUGAACCCCAAGGGGUAGCACAGUUGGUUAGAGAUCAUGUCUCAUGAAGCAGGGGUCAUUAGUUUGAAUCUCCCUGUUCCCCUCUCCUUGAGGCCAAAACUUAUCCAAAAGGGAGAAUAUCAGUAGCGGAUUGAUAUGGAUGUUACUUCAUGGAAAAGGAACUUUAAUUUAGAGAUUCAUGAUGUUGUCAAUCCAAAAGAGGAUUUAAUAAUAAUACCUAUUGUGGUAUAAAUCAUUGUUAUUUUUUUCCAAUUAUUUGAGGUUAAUUGUUCUUUACUUUAACUCUGUUUGUCACAUACUCACACGUGUGUGCAUGCUCAUGUGAAAGUUCAAAAUUUUGACGUCCCCUAAUCUCACUUCACUCCGUUACCACUAGUGUCAAGUGCAAUGGGUAGUUUCUGUUUUGGUUGCAAUUGUUGAUUUGAUGUCUUGUGAUUGUAACUUGUAAGUUUGACCUUCUGCUCAACAGUACAGUCAAUAAAGUGUGGCUGUUAUACAUGUACUUGCAAUAUUCCUGAUAUGUGUCAAUCCUUUAAAACUUUUUAAAGUAAGUUGUAAUUAUUAUUAUUAACCCCCUUGAAUUUUUGCAUAUAUUUGAAUUUGAACUUUGCAAUGAAAAAUAUCUAUAUUUUUCUUAGAAUUAUGUUGAAUGAUUAAAUUCAUCAUUUCCUAAAAGUUUAAGCUUUUGGGAGAGUCGGUACUUUAUCAAUUUUUUUGGGCUUUUUAAAAUGUUUUUUACCAUCCUUUAUUUCUUAAUAUGAAUCAUUUAUUUGAAUGCUCUUGUAUGUCUCUGAGAGUGUUAAAUGGUCUAGAAUGUAGCUUAAUAUAUAUAUUACCAUCCUUUGUUUCUUUGAAGUUGGAUUUCUAAUAUAAUCAUUUGUUAGGUUUCUAAAUGCUACGUCAAAUUGUAAAUUUUCUAUUUCUUUCUAUUUACCUCUUUUGUUGCUUUCCUCUUCAUUAAUUGUUAUUCUAAGGUAAAAAAAUUCAUCAUUGUACUUAACUUUAUUUGAAAAUUACUGUAGCUGAAGCUCGUAGGAGAUAUUCUUACUGAGGAGCAAUCUCCGCUUGAAUUGUGGUUAAUAUAUCAAAUUGUUUUUUUUAGCUAGACAGGAUGGCCACAGCUCAGUGCUCUCAUUGGUGCUGAUCAGCCUCAUAUGUGCUUAAUCUAAGUAGCGAUAACUUUGACUGAUAUUACAUGUUUAUGUUACUGUCAGUCCAUAGAUUAUAUUCUUCAUUUAAAUUUGUACUAUGGUUUCUUUUUUAAGCACAUUUUGUGGACUUAAUCACUUUAGUGAUUAAUAUAUCAAAUUGUUUUUUUUAGCUAGACAGGAUGGCCACAGCUCAGUGCUAUCAUUGGUGCUGAUCAGCCUUAUAUGUGCUUAAUCUAAGUAGUGAUAACUUUGACUGAUAUUACAUGUUUAUGUUACUGUCAGUCCAUAGAUUAUAUUCUUCAUUUAAAUUUGUAUUAUGGUUUCUUUUUUAAGCACAUUUUGUGGACUUAAUCACUUUAAGACAUAAAAGACUCAAGAGAUCAUGUGCAGCGGAUACCUUGUAUUACUUAACUGUUGAUUAUAUUAUUACAUGUUAGCUGAGUUACUUUGCUUAAUUACUUUACUCACAGGCCUUUAAAGCACUUCUAACAUCGGCAACUUCAGAUGAGCAACUUACGGCUCUUGGUGAACUAUUGUAUCGGUGUCACUUCAGCUACAGUGUUUGUGGGCU